AUGACCAACUAUCCGCUUGGAGCACCUGCAUUACUUAAUGAUUUUUAUGUAGAUGACUGUUUAAGCGGAACUAACAGCAUCAUUACCGCCUUAGACACUCAACAACAACUUACGGAACUGCUCAGUAAAUCAGGAUUUAAGCUGAGAAAAUGGUGCUCAAAUAAUACACGACUCCUACAAAACAUUCCGAUAGAAGACCAAGAAAUCAACCUUGAUUUAGAUGACUCAGCCAUAAAGCCAACAAAAACAUUAGGCAUUAUUUGGCUCCCGAAAUCAGACGAAUUUUGCGGUAAGGCAGAGAUGUCAUCGGACUUAGCUCGAAUUUUUGAUCCUUUGGGAAUUUUUGGCCCCAUUACUGUAACAGCUAAAAUAUUCAUGCAGGAAUUGUGGCAACAAAACUAUUCCUGGGAUGCGGAACUGUUACCUCAGGCUCAGCUAGAAUGGAAGCGUUUUAGAAAUGACUUACAAACAUUAAAUACUGUGAAAGUACCCAGACAUAUUUUUAAUUCGACGGUUCCCUGUUCGAUUCAAUUACACGUGUUUACGGAUGCAUCAGAGAAGGCAUAUGGAGCAGCUAUGUACGUGCGAGCAAUAUAUAAUGAUAAGACAAUAACAUCGAGACUAUUGUGCGCCAAAUCUAGAAUAGCACCAUUAAAGAAACAGACACUUCCACGACUAGAACUCUGCGCAGCAUUGCUGGGAGUCGAAUUAGCAGAAAGAGUUAAACAAGAUUUAAAGUAUCAAAACGUGCCAACCUACUUUUGGUCCGAUUCCAAAAUUGUUUUGUCAUGGAUAAUAUCUUCAUCUGCCUCAUUGCACACAUUCGUAACAAAUCGUAUUAGCAAAAUUCAAGAGAUGUCACAUGCUGAUCAAUGGCAUCAUGUGGCGUCAAAGGAUAAUCCUGCUGACAUCAUUUCCAGAGGAAUAAAGGUUAAAAUGUUCAAUUAUUCACAUAUGUGGUUUUUUGGUCCACUCUUUCUUCAUGGAAGCAACGAAUUUUGGCAACAGCCAAACCCAAAGGCAUUUAACAUCUCAACUGAUAUCGAAAGACGACAAGGACAUACAGUUAACAUUAUCAUUCAAACGACUGGUUCUGAUCACAUGAUAAAUCAAAUUGAUCAUCGAAACUCAUUCAGAUACCUCCAAAGAACAAUUGCUUAUGUUCGCCGUGUAUUUCAUCGCACACAAUCACCAACAAGAACACUUUCUCCAAAGGAAUUACGAGAUGCAUUAGUCUUCAUAAUUAAAACUAUUCAGGGCUCAGAAUUUGCAAAGGAAAUCUCUGAUUUAAAACAAUGUAAAGCAGUCAACAGUUCGAGUCAACUAAAUACUUUAGCACCGUUCAUUGACGAACAAGGUGUACUUCGUGUUGGAGGAAGGCUUGAAGCAUCAACAUUGCCAUAUGAUGCUAAACACCCAAUGGUAAUUCCUUACAAUCACUCAAUAGUGAAAUUGAUGUUCAAAAUGAAACAUGAAGAAAAUUCCCAUUGUGCUCCACAAUUAUUGCUAAGCAUAAUGAGACAAAACUUCUGGCCGAUUAAAGGAAAGAUUAUGGCGCGAAACAUUGUUCACAGCUGUGUCAUCUGUUCAAAGGCAAAACCAAAACUGAUGGACCAACUCAUGGGCAACUUACCGACUGAUCGAGUUACUCUGACUAAACCGUUUUUUACCACAGGAGUUGAUUACUGUGGCCCGAUAUGGAUUCAUUAUAAAAUUAGAGGAAAAAGGCCAAUAAAGGCAUAUUUAGCAGUAUUUUGCUGUUUCGCGACUAAGGCUGUUCACCUAGAAGUGGUGAGUGACCUGACAACAGAGGCAUUCAUAGCCGCUAUUCAACGUUUUAUCAGCAGAAGAGGAAGAUGCCAAACAAUUUAUAGUGACAAUGCGACUAACUUUGUUGGGGCGAGAAACCAACUACAAGAGCUCCAGUCUACCAUUUAUUCAGAAAAUGGAAAAGAAAAGAUCAUUAAGACCAGUAGUAACAAGGGAAUUGACUUCAAAUUCAUUCCACCAAGAGCUCCUCAUUUUGGAGGACUCUGGGAAGCUGCCGUCAAGUCAGCUAAACAUUUAAUGAUUAAAGGAAUUUUCAACGCUUCAUUGACUUAUGAGGAAUUGACAACAGUCAUAACUGAAAUAGAAGCCAUGUUAAAUUCAAGGCCAAUAACAAAAAUGUCAUCCGAUCCAAAUGAUCUAACAGCGCUUACACCAGGAGAUCGAAAGGUUUCAAAAUGGCACAGCAGCACUUUAGCAAUUGUGCCCAUUGUUACAGCAUCAAGAAAGCUGUUAUGA